AAUGGAUACGCAGGAAGAAAUACUGUGCUACGAAAAAGUUGGGAGCUUUUGGAUUUCCCACAGGCACUAGCUACAAGCUUUGAAUGGGUUCGACAGCUAAAGUACCAGUGUUCGCGACUACUAGUUUGGGCACCAACAUUGCAAUCGAUGUAUCUCCAAAUAUUACUGCUGGAGAUCUCAAGAGUGAAAUCGAGAGAGCUCACUUGAAUUGCUUCCCCAAAGUUGGGGAGAUCAGGGCAGAUGGAUUAAUGCAGGUGAAGAAAAAAUCAUUCUUCUACCUCCUUCCUGAUUCUUUGCCCAUAAAGCAUGUUUUUCAAGGGGCAAAAGGAGCAUGGUUUAGUCACAUUGAAGUGUGUUCUCAGAGGGUUUCUGAUAAGUUGGGUUUGUCAGAAUGUCUUGCUGCUGAAAUCAGGGAUCAAACCUCUAAUAGUUGCAACAUUGCUGAUUCCCUUCAACCUGAAAACAGUUUAUCAAGUGCUAACAUGAAUAAUUCGAGUUGCAGACGAACCAAAAGAGGUACAAAGAGAAUUCCACGCCUGAAAUCUGUACUUCAAUUGGCUUUUGGAAGGGUCCAUCUUUCAAAGAGGAAGAAAAGGAAGAGGGUAAAGAAAAAUUACUUUCUACAUCCUACAGUGGAAGGACUUGAGGAAAGCCUCAGUGUUGGAAAUGAAGGAGAUAUUGCUAAAGAGAGAGAAAAUUUUGCUUCUAUUACUGAAGGUGAUCUGAAUGAGGUGCGGAAAUCAAAUGCAUUAUUGGAGAACCCUAGUGAGACAUUUUCAGAAACUGUGUCAGUUUCAGGCAUCAUCAAGAAAUACUUUUCUGAUUAUGAGGAGGUGACAUUUUGUUCUAAUUAUACAUCUAGAGCUUACAAAAGUCAAUGUAUAGAGCAACUGACGGCUGCGACAAAUGAUAAUUGCUCAGAGACAAAAGCUAGUGUAAUGCCACAGUUUACACCUAAAACUCUUCCAAGAAGUUUACCUUCUCUGUUGCCUACUGACCGAAGUUGCAAAACCUCGAGGAAUAAAAUUAAGAGACCUGAAGUUGGGAAGCGUCUUGUUGUGGCCUCAAAUAAGCUUGGUAUUUCUGCAAGCAUGCGAAAAUCCGCCACUGGUCUUUGUGGCCGUAGAGAUCGAAAAUUAAUGGUGCCCGAAUCUUCUUCCCUUGUUAGAAGCUUAGUCUUUGAAGUCAGUGACAGUGAUGAAUGAUCAAACUAAAUGGAUGCACUCACUGCAGCAAAACACUUAGUAGUUCUUAUAAGGAGUCUGAAGGCUUCCCAUGAAGAACCUCAUUGAACUAAUUAUAUAGUGCAGGGGUAGUUGGCUUUGUCCCUGAUCAUUGAAUAUUCUUCAUCUUGACCUUUUAAUGAUGAUCUUCCUUAAUUGCAAUCGCUUCCAAGAGCAGGUAAGAUAUUUUCUUGCUGGGUGGGAGCUGAAAAGAUUGAAACUUUGAGCCUUGAGGACUUCUGGACUAAGUCUCCCGUAAAUAUUUCGUUCGGUUGGAGACUCGAGACCCUUCUCAGGCUCAGCUUUUGGUCUGGGUACCAUUCUUAUGCAGUACAUUAUGCAUCAACUGAAGUGUAUCGAAAGAGUUAUUUGUGUGUUGACGAUUCCUCUUCGUCUCAAUAGCCUAUAUCCAAUGUAGGAUUUUGGUGAGACGAAUCAGUUAUUUGGAAUGAUGCUCUGGGUUGUGUGGGACUUCACCAAUCCUGUUUCUGUAUCAUUCUUUCUUUCUUUUAGUUUCACUAUAUCAUCCGGUUUUGCGCGGAAUAUAUGACUGGUGUUUUGUGUUGCUUGAACACUUUUGUUGAGUUUUGUGCCUGAAAAAUGUAGGUAAUGGGGAAUGGCACCAUGAAGAUUAGAAUUUGAUCUGGAUGUUUCCACUGUUGUAUAAAGUAUGAAAGUUUUUCUGGUAGACCUUGUUGGCCAAUGACUUCUUGUGAUUCUUGCAUCAUCUUGUGAAAGUUGAUUUGUAUCA